AUGAGCGGAGCACAUCCUUUGUGGCCGGACUACGCUCCUCGGCAGCAGCAGCAGCAGCAGCAGCAGCAGCAGCAGGUGACAGCACCAGCAAUCUCAGCACCCGCAGCAACGGGACAACCUGCUGGUUCGACGCACCACGCAGGCACCUUCUCAUCCGCGUCAGCAUUGUCUCCAUCGUCUUCUUCCGUCUCCUCCUCUUCCCGGCACAUGCCGAACGAUGGCAAUGCCAUUGCGCAUGUAUCCCAGUCAUCACGUACUUUACGUAAGCCAAGUCCCGCCAUCUCGCCCUCAUUUGCACACGACGCCGCUCGAGAUGCGUCGCUAGGUCAUGGUGGACGGCGAUCCAUGCACGGAAGCUUGGACCGCUCUCCUCCGCAAGCAGCGCCCUCGGCUGCAUCGCUCGAGUUAUCGCAUGACGCUAGCUUGCUUCGCUCGGCAUCUUCUUUCGCUGUCUCGAGCUCGUCGUCGAAAGCUUCCCGUAUACCGGUGCCUUCGCAGCAGCCAUUCGGAUCACAAAGUGAUCACGAGCGCCACUUUUUGACGUCCUCCUCGUCAGCUGUUGGCCCUCCUCCAAUCAGCUGUCUUCCAGCCUCGUCCUCUUCUGCCGCUGCGGAAGCUUCGUCAACCAACCUCGCAAACCUUCCAUCAUCCUCUUCCACUUCGUUCACGCUGGGUCGUGACCUCUUAACGCCGCCGCCGCCGCCGCCGCCGCCUCAGGGCCAUCCGUCCGAGCCUUCUACGUCACCUUCAACAUUCCCCCUGCCAUCUCGACCCAGCUCGAAUGCACAAUUCUCAAAACUGGCGCCUUCUCAGCAUUCUCCUCCGCAGUCCGACAUGAGGCACAAUAUCGCGGCCUUCGAGCCUACACUCCCCCCAUCGUCUUUCGCCGCGCGUCGGGAUGCCAGCUUUGCGAGGGUCCGGUCUGGCUCCGGCUCCGGCUCCGGCUCCAUCUCCGCACAGUCGCGUGCAGUUCCGGCUGGCGACGCUGAAGUCUCGAUCGCUGUUCAUGUGUGGUGGCCUUCUACCUCCAAGAGCUCUUCCUCCACGCUGGCUAGAGCGCCUCUAUUCCGUGAUGCCGCCAACGUCAAGCAAAAGAUUUCAAUGCGAACCUCUUCUUCUCAGGGCCGCACCCCGGAACUCAACCACGACGCCGUGUUCGAGCGCGCUUCGUUCGGAUUCCGACACGGCGCACAUUCGUGGUUGCGGGAGAAACCGAGCAAAGCUCGUCUCAAUGCGCCCUCCUCCUCUGUCGGUCCAUUGGGUCAGUGGAAGCGUGCCAUCCUACUCUUCCGUGAGAACGGCAGCCUGUCCAUCUUCGGAGAAGGCAAUGCGCUCACGCACACGUUACAAUGCGGUACCCUUACCUCCUCCGACGUGCGGUCUGUUGAUGACUCGCUCUUCGGAAGACCUCACGUGCUCUCGAUCCGACCCCGACAGCCGCGUCACAGAACCGAGAUCUCGAUCACCACCCGCAAACAGGAGGCAGCGUUGGAAGAAGAGCGCGCUCGCAGCUCGGAGCCCAUCUUUGUGCAAUUCAACACUCAGGAGCAUUUGCGGUACCUCAAGGCGCUCCUGCUCAUCUACGCCAUGCCCGAAAUCUACGGCUCGGCGGCAACUGUCACUGAUGGCGGAACGCAUCGCUUCUUUCGACAACUGGACGUGACCAUCUCUGACGCCAAAAGCAUCACGCCAAAAUGGCCUUCAGAGCCCGGUGAGGCCGCUUCGCCUUCUCUGGGCAACCACCCGAGCACGCACUCGCACCUUCCGGCAUCGCCCACUAGCACAGCCACCACGAGCGGCUUUACCACGUUUUCCAGCGAGCCAGCCCGCUCCCUCUCGCAUCAACUGGCUUCGCUGCGCUCCGAUGAUCAAGAUGACUCGCCUGCAUCUGAAGCGUUGACCGAAGACGCCAUGUCUGGAUCCUCGCGUGCAGGCUCCCGUCCGAGCUCGCGGCCCGGUUCUCGCAUGCGCCACAACGCGCAGCCGUCCGUUAGCAGUCUGCGUGCGGACGCCGACAACGAUGCCGGGAGCGGUCCGAGCAGGCCUGCCUCGCGCGCUGCUUCGCUGCACGAACAUCAGUCGCAAACGGGCGAUCAGGUCAACCUCCACAAUCAGUCCAUGCCAGUUCCUCUAGGUGGUCAGUCUGGUGCGAAUCGGUUUGCAGGUAUCUCUACUCCGGCGAGCGAGUUCGCCGCUUCCAGCCCUGGGGCACCGAGCUUCAUGGCCUCUCGAGCUUCAGCGCAGCAGCGCCGCGAUGACAAGGAUCGAUAUGACAAGGCGCGCUUCGAUCGCUACUGCCGCAUACGCCUGGAUGGCGAGCUCGUGGCUCGAACUAGCCUUUCGCGCGCCAACAGCAGCGCCUUUGCCGUCGACAAGUUCAAGCUUCACGAUGUCGGCGAUGCCAAGUCGCUCAUCAUCGAAGUGCUUCACCCUACCGAAAAGACCAACACCUCUUUGACCGGCUCACCCUCUCCGACAAUCAGCAAGUACAUCCUCUUGGGAAUUGUCGAGAUUCCCAUCGAGACACUGCGCAGGAAUGAAGACAUCGAGGGUCGGUAUCCCAUCUGGUCGGUCUCCACUUUCCCGUCGCUGUCGCAGCAACAGUCUUCCUCAUCUAUCGUCGCAGACGAAGAUGAUGCCAAGCCUGCCACCAGCUUCCAUCGCGGCGUGGUGGGCGAGCUGAGCCUAUCCGUACGCCUCCAUGAGGGCGCUGUGAUGCCGCUGAGCAUGUACGACGAAGUCUAUCGCAUGUGCCAUCACGACGACAUCAUUGGAGUGGUUCGCCAUCUCGCCACCACUAUGCGCGAAGACCUGCUCGUUUCGCAGAUCACGCGUAUCUGUGCAGCCUCUGGCACCAUCGCCUCGCGUAUUUCGAGUUUGAUCGAGCUUGAGAGCGCCAAUUGGGGCGAAAAGAUGGAGCCCGAGCUGCUCUUCCGCGCCAACACGCUGCUCUCUCGCUCCGUGGAUCACUUUCAGAGACUUCUCGCGCUAUCUUGGCUCGAUGAUUGCCUCGGACCGACGGUGCGCAAGAUCUGCUACGAUCCUCUUGCACAAGCUCGUCCGGAUACGGCAAACUCUACCGGCAGCGCUGGCUCGGCAGCCGACGAUAGUCAGUUCGACUUCAGCACUUCGAUCCGCUCACCACCCUCGCUUCCGGCCAGCGCCAUCGACUCGAUCCCAGAUGGUCCCAUGACGAUCAAUGCGCUCAGAAAACUGAGCGAAUCCAUGUGGCAAAACAUCUAUCGCCAACGUCACAGCUGCCCCCCGGAUCUGCGUAGCAUUCUCCACCAGAUUCGAACCAAGGUCAACGAGCGCUAUCGCGGAACCAAGUCGGCUCGGCCAGGCAUUCAAGCCGUCGGCUCGUUUGUGUUUCUGCGCCUCUUUUGUGCAGCGCUCAACAGCCCUCAGCUGUACGGUCUCGCGUCCUCUCAGCCGAGCCGCGGCGCAUCACGGAAGCUAUUGCUGCUCAGCAAAGUGCUUCUUGCUCUCGCAAGCAAGAAGACGGCGUUUGACAAGGACAAGGACUGGGAGCUGGUGCCGCUCAAUGAUCUGCUGCGGACCUAUUCGUCCGCCUUCGACGAUUACAUCAGCGUCAUCUCGACCGAACCUCCUACAUCCGCGCCAACGCAAUGGCUCGGCAUCCGCAUCGACGGCGACGUUGACCUGCAGGCUGCAGCGCUGCGUAGAUCAAGCUCGUUGUCCAAAUUGCAUCGCGAAUCGAUCCCGCGCGCUCCCUACAUGCUCGAUCAGCCGCAGGCACUGGCAUCCUUUGUCAGUUUUGUGGCCGAUUCGGCGCCAGAUCGCGAGCAGGCGGAUUUGAGCUACGGCGCGGGGGCCGCUAUGAUCGGCGGAAGCAACAGCGAGCAGGCCGAAGCUGACAGGAUCAAGCAAAAGGCGGCAGAGUUUGUGCAGGUCUGCUGUCGGAUCGAGGAGGCGGCAGGCAUGCGCAUCGAGCAGGCGGGCUACGAUCCUCGUCCCAUUCCGUGGGAGCGACUGCAGAGAACGGAAGUGUCGCAACGUUACGGCGAAGGUGGAAGCUCCCCGGCCUUUGAGCCGUCAUCGGCUUAUGCUAGUCAGAGCCGUGCAUCGGCUGGAUCCCUCUCAUCAUCGACGGCAACUCUCGGCACUGUGAGAAAGAUGGGAAAUGACUCGAGAGAUACCGGCGAUUCUUCUCCAAGUUCUGGUUUGGGUCGCCAUCGCAGCCGCAGAGCCACGGUCGGCACUGCCAAUGCGCGACCAAGGAUGAGCGACUCGAUGAAAGGUCAUGACAGCACGCUCGAUCGCGCAGGCGCGAAUCCGGAUGGCGGAUCACCGAAGAGCGCUCGCAGGAAGAGCGUUGGUGUAGCUGCUCGAUCUGGGCUCAAGACAACGCAGAUCUCGACGGAUACGCACAAGCCAGGGACCGUGAACGAUAGCUCUGGAACCGGAAGGAGGACGAUCGAGAAGGAACAUACCGGCAGCAGCGCGGCGCGGCAGGCGCCAGCCGUUUGGGGCACAAAAUUGCAUCACCGCAGCGCAUUUGCGAGAUUGCGGAACGAGGAGGAUGAGCACGGCUCGGAUGAUGAGCUUCGCCAGGCAUAUCGCACGCUGCGCGCAGAAGAGGAGGGUGUUGCCGUCGGUGCAUCACGGUCAGCGGAGCCUGCUGGAAAAGCUACUGCGGAGACCGCAACGGUAGGAACGCAGCGAGCCAUGUCGCCACUGGCAGGCGAUGCGACGGGAUCUGGACGCAGCUUGCAGACGACGGUAGCGCUGCUCGAGGCGGACGACGGUUCGACGUUUGUGCCGGUCCAUGCUGUGCGCGCGGCGAGACCUGACAUUGGACCAGAAAUGCCGCUUCCUAGAGAUGCGGACCAGCCCAGUGAGCAAGCACGCUCACACGCACGACAAGCGAGGCCAAUCACGUCGCAUGCUGCUGCUGCCCCGUCGACGGUGCAAGCAACACCUGAAGGUAGUCUUGCUGCCCAGCCCAAGCCAGCUUCGUCGCUGCCUGUAGCAUCAUUGGACCCGCGCGGAUCGUCCACUGGCGAUGGAAGUGAGGCUAGGAAUGGCCUGACGAUGGGAAGGGAGGCCGCAAGCGAGGCAGACACGAAUCGAAGGCAUUCCUUGGGUCAGACGGGAGCGGUGGCACGCAACUACUCGCUUCCACGGCCUGCAGCCGAACGAAAGGGUGUGCCGAGCCACGAGCAUCAGGAUCGUGAGAGCUCAGACGGGUUCGAGUUGGCAAUCGAGGAUGCCUAUGCACAAACCAGAGCGUCUCUGCCGCCAUCGGCCUCGAUGCCUGUGUUCAUGGGACAGCCAGUAUCAUCAUCGUCAGCAGGAGGAGCAGCGGGCAUGGCAAGAUAUGGCGACGACGCUAGCCACGGCGUCGAUAUGGCGGCGGCAAAGAAGAAGAGCUCCCUCCUGCGAUCUCUCCUGCUCGACACUAUACCACCACGACUUCGCAGCCGUCGUACGACUGCAAUUUCCCUAGUCAUGGCGCCACUCACGCGCUCCAAUAGCAGCGGAGACUCGUUCUCCGAGAAGCGAGAUGUGGAAAGCGGCGCCCAGCCUGCUGCUGCCAGCGCCACCUCCAAGAAGCUGGGACCUUCAUUGAGCUUUGGCGCCAACCUCUCCAACCUUCGAUCUCGCACCACACGUUUCGACGAACCUUCGAACGAACAGCGUCGAUUGGAACGCACCCAUUCCAUCGCCGCUUCUCUUCGCGGUCCCUCGCGUAUCGACCCGUCCGCCAAAGUUCCCGUCGAAUUCCGCACGCUCUCCAUCCAGCUCUCCCAAGGCGGGCUUGCGGACGACUCCAAGAAGCACAAAUCCGACAAGCGCGCCGUCAAGGAGCUCAACGACCUCGACUGGCACAGGAUCAGCGUGGAUGAGGUGCUCUCGCGCACAUCCACCUCCGCCACCGCCGGUCUCGACAACGAUCAGAUCGAGCGCAGACUCAAACAGCACGGCAAGAAUGUCAUGUCCAAGCCACCCAAGCGUUUGCUGCAAAAGUGUUUCGGUUACGUCUUUGGUGGAUUUGGAACGCUUCUCAUCGGCUGCUCGAUCCUGGCGUUCAUUGCGUGGAAGCCACUGGGCAACCCAAAUCCUCAAACGUCCAACCUCGCCCUCGCUGUCGUGUUGCUAGUGGUAGUGGUCAUCCAAGCGGUCUUCAAUGCGUGGCAGGAUUUCUCCACUUCGCGAAUCAUGGAUUCCAUCGCAGGCAUGCUCCCCGACGCAGUUACUGCCAUUCGAAACGGUUCCCACAGCAGUAUCGAAGCUCCGGAUCUCGUGGUGGGAGACGUCGUGGUCGUUUCGUUGGGAAACAAGAUCGCUGCCGAUUUGCGGUUGAUCUCUUGCCACGAGGCAAGGUUCGAUCGAUCCGUGGUCACAGGUGAAGCCGAGCCUAUCGCAGGAGCCGUCGACCUGACCGACGAGAACUACCUCGAGACGCGAAACAUCGCUCUCGCAGGCACAAGUUGCGUCUCGGGCUCCGCUAUCGGUGUCGUCGUCGCCACGGGUGAUAACACGGUCUUCGGAAGGAUCGCCGCCAUGACGAACCGACCCAAGGCCGGUCUCACGACGCUGGAGCGAGAAGUGCGAUACUUUGUGCUCACCAUCGCUGCCAUCGCCGUCGCCCUAGCGGUGAUCUGCAUCAUCAUCUGGGGUGCUUACCUCCGACCCAAACAUCCCGAUUUCAUGUCGGUCUCCCAACUCCUCGUCAACGUCGUCUCGAUUCUCGUCGCAUUCCUCCCCGAAGGCAUGCCCGUAGCGGUCACCCUGUCGCUCACUGUCAUCGCGCAAAAGAUGAGCAAAGCAAAGAUCCUCUGCAAGCAGCUCUCCACCUGCGAAACCCUCGGUGCCGUCUCGGUGCUCUGCUCGGACAAGACCGGUACGCUCACCUCGAACAACAUGACCGCCACCAGCGUCGGUGUCGUCGGGUUCGAAUCCACCCCUGCGGAUGCACACGAUCACGUUGCCGGAGCAGCUGGACCGGUGGGCCACGCAUUCGAACAGGUGCAGUUCGUCGCUGCGCUCUGCAACGCUGCCGUCUUUGAUGCUGCCACCAUGUCGUUGCCAGUGGGCGAGAGGAAGAUCUUUGGCGAUGCAACCGAUUCGGCGGUCUUGAGGAUGGCUGAACAAAUCCGCUCGGUGCAAGAGACGUCAAAACCGUGGGACACCGAGUACAGAUUGAACUUCAACUCGAAGAACAAGUUUAUGCUUCAGCUCGUGGGACUUCGAUCUGAAGCUCAGGAGGAUUCUGCAGCUGCGCAGAAGCUUGUCUCUUCUGCCAUGUCGAACGGAGAAGCUUCGACCUUUGACGCGAAGGAGGACAAGAUUCUGCUUGCAAAAGGUGGUCCUGAUGUGUUGCUCAAAAGAGCAACGUCGGCGUUGGAUGCGGCGGGAGAGGUCGUACCUCUGACAGACCAGGUUCGAGGAUCGAUCGAAGCCAUGCAGUCGCUUUGGAGUUCGCGCGGUCAACGAGUUCUCCUACUUGCGCGCAAGAUCAUCCCAGCUUCCGCAUUGGAUACCUCGAUUCUCAUCGAAGAUGCCGUCAUGGCCGCCAAUGUGGAUCUCACCGUUGUCGGCCUAGUCGGCAUUGUCGAUCCACCACGCCCGGAAAUCCCAUCCGUCGUCUCUACGUGUCGCGGCGCCGGUAUCCGCUUCUUCAUGGUCACCGGAGACUUUGAGCUCACGGCAACCGCCAUCGCACGUCAAUGCGGCAUCAUCACGACCUCCACCCUCUACCGUGCCGACAACAUGCACUCCGUGCAACUCCCCGUCUACGACACCCAUGCAGACAACUCCGAUCGCACGCCGCACGCCCUCUCGCUCACCGGUGCCGACUUGAUCAAGCUCGAACCCAGCGAUUGGGAGCAGAUCUGUCGAUUCGACGAAAUCGUCUUCUCCCGCACCACGCCCGAACACAAACUUCGAAUCGUCAAGGAGUUCCAACAGCGAGGCGAAUGCGUCGGCAUGACCGGAGACGGUGUCAACGAUGCUCCCAGUCUCAAGCAGGCCGACAUCGGUAUCGCAAUGGGUGGUGGAUCCGCCGUUGCGAUGGAAGCGGCGGACAUGGUCCUGUUGGAAAACUUCUCGGCCAUCGUCGAUGCUUUGCUUUACGGCCGACUGGUUUUCGUCAACCUCAAGAAGACGGUCGGAUACCUGUUGCCCGCAGGAUCGUUCGCGGAGCUUUGGGCAGUGCUGCUUUCGUUCUUCUUCGGUCUACCGCAGGCGUUGAGCAACCUCCAGAUGAUCUUUGUCUGCAUCGGUACGGAUGGCAUUUCGUCCCUCUGCCUGGUCCACGAACAACCGGAAGCCGAGCUGCUGAAGCGUAAACCGAGGAAUGUCAAAACGGAUCGUUUGGCCGAUUGGAAGCUCCUCCUUCACGCAUACCUCUUCGUCGGUGUACCGUUGACACUCACUUCGUCGGCGAUGGCAUUCUGGUACAUGCAACGCAACGGAGUACCUUUUUCGGACAUGUGGUUGAAGUACGGCGGUGGUCGUGUCCAAACCAUGGAUCCGGCUAGGUUCAACGAGGUGCUGAACAGGGCCAACGCCGUCUACUUCUUCAACCUGGUCAUCCAACAAUGGUUCAACCUGCUCGGAUGGAGGACGCAGACCCGAUCGAUCCUGCAGCAGCUUCCCGUGGGCAAGAAGUCGACGCAGAACCUGUACCUGUUCCCAGCCAUGGCGGUGUCGCUGUUGAUCGCGGUGUUUUUGAGUUACAUCGGGGCGUUCCAGAGGGUGUUCUUGACCAGAGGUGUCAACGUGGAGCACUACUUUUUGCCGAUCGCGUUCGGUGUGGGGAUGCUGGCGUUGGAAGAGACGAGAAAGCUGGUGGUGAGGACUUGGCCGAAGGGAGUGCUUGCUAAGCUAGCGUGGUGA